CCUCAUGUUUUGGGUCCCGCCUCCGUCACUGAAGGUGCUUCCGUCAAGAUGGUCGUGGGUGCUUUCCCCAUCGCCAAGCUGCUCUAUCUGGGCGUCAGGCAGCUCAGCAAACCGGUGGCGAACAGGAUUAAAGCAGGAGCGAGGAGGAGCGAAUUCUUCAAGAACUACAUCUGCCUUCCUCCAGCUCAGGCGUACCACUGGGUGGAGAUGAGAACGAAGAUGAGGAUCAUGGGUUUUCGCGGCUCUACUAUCAAACCCCUGAACGAGGAGGCUGCCGCAGAGCUUGGAGCGGAGCUGCUCGGAGAGGCCAUCAUUUUCCUCAUUGGCGGUGGCUGCAUGGUGCUGGAGUACAGCCGGCAGGCUGCGAACUCCAGACGGAAAGAAGAGGAGCUGACGGAAUCCAUCAACAGCCUGCAGACGCAGCUCGGAGAGCUCGCCCUGGCCACAGAGACUCUAGACGCUCAGAUCCGAGAGGUCAACCGGCUUCUUCUGUCACUUCCGUCUGCUCCCAGUAGCAAAUAACAAUACUAAAGCAGGAUCUUGAGUGGAACUGAGGGACUGAGUAUGUAUGUGUAGGUGAAGUGCGUUACAGUACAGAGGAAACUGCCAUGUAUAGAUGAACACACAGUCUUGUGGAAGUCCUGCCACAUCAACAUAGUUCUCUAUAUUUGGUCCUGAGGUUUUUCUUUUGCUGUUUGGCUGACUGUUGACUGAUGAAUGUGUGGAGAAGAAAUGAUCUUUAAUAUCACAGUUCAACUGAUAAUGGAUUUGGCAUAAUCAGGACCUGUGUAAACAUAUCAUGCUCUCUACAAAGCAUUUCACUGAGCAAAACGCUUCAGAUUGAAAAUAGUUUGGUUUAUUAACCAAUAGCUUUUGGCUUAGUAAAGAUAAUCAUAUAAGGCUGGUCAUGUACAAAGGGAAUAGGUCACACAACAGUGUUGCAGUGUUGCCCGUACCACAGGGGUGUCCAGUCUUAUCCAUAAGGGCCGGUGUGACUGUAUGUUUUUGUUGCCACAAAGGAGGAGCUCACACUUGUCUAAAUACGAGAUACGAGAACCUUUUUUAAUCGGCCUGUACCCACACCAGCCCUUUUUGGAUAAGAUUGGACACCCCUGCCUUACUAGAAGUAGUUCUUUGGCUAAGGCAUGUUUUGUGUCCAAAAUGGACCUUUUUUGGAUCUGUGAGGAAAAUGUGGCUAACAGUUAAUGGACUUUUUUUUUUUUUUUUUUUUUUUUUUAAAUAUUAGAGUAAUAGAGAUCUAAUAUUUAGUAAGUUUUCACUUAUUUUCACAACAAAACAUGUCAUUUGACCAAAGGCGUUCAAAAUGUUGCAUAUGGCUGUUUAGAAUUAUCAUCAUAGUUGUUUGGCCUUUGCAGUGCUGUGUUUACCUGACUGAAAUUGUUUUGUUUUCAGUACAGUAGUAAUGAAAAAUGUCUGGCACUGCCUGUUGCUGUAGCAGUGAACCACAGCAGUCAGGGAAUGUUUCAAAGACUUCAGUUUUUCCCACAUCUGCUGUGAACUGUGUUGGCGAUGUAAGCCAGAUGUCGAUUUUUGGAGGGAGGCAUAGGCCCUGAAAAAUACUGAAGGUUCCUCUUCAUCUUUCCACCUUAAAUAAACAGUCAGCGCAUCUAAAGCACUGUUGCCAUGCCAACACUUAUGCAACUGCAUGUCGCAAUGGUCGUAAACCACUGUGAGGCACAGCACAGUGUUUUUACCAACAUGUAAGUGCAGCAUAAAACUAAAGCAGCAAGCUUUAGACACCAAACAUGCCUCAGUCAGGUGACUACAUUUGGGGCAAAAAGACUUUUUUUCAGUUCUUUAAUGGUUCGUGAACUAUCUGACCACAGUUUCUCAGAUUUCAGGACUACAGUUAUUUAAACCAGUUAGCACAUUAUGCCUGCAGCACUGAGGGAAGCUUUGCUUUUGGCCUUUUUUUUUUUUUAAUACAUUUGACAAGGCUAAUGAGGUCCCCUUGUACUGUUUAACACUGUUCCAUUUAACACACAUACAACCAUGUCAGCUUAUGAUGAGCAGAAUAUCGAGGUUCUUAUCUGACUUAAGGUAUGUUGUAUUAUGUGGAAACCAUGCAGUGCAAAGGGGACUUUCUAUGACUGGAGUUGGGCAUCCGUAGUUGACCUGAUCACAACGGUGACAAAAAUGCACAUUAAUCCAGUUCCCAGAUUCCACAGCUGUGCACUUAUCCUGUUAGCCUUGAAAGACUUCAGUGGCAUGUGCAUACAGAUGUAUAUUGAUUAUUGUAAAAUAAAAUAAGAUAUUCUAUAUGGUGGUUGAUUUUGUAUCUUGAUUGAUCGUAUUAAAAGUGUGAAAACGUA